ACUUCCUCCACUCGAUCUCUGACGGGUGGUAGACUAAUCUGCAUAAAAUAAUGACAGGCAUUCUUGAGCUGAAUUAGUGGUUUUGAGACCCAGCGAAGUUUUUUCAAGAGUUUUAACCCAACAAUUGGCCACUGCCUGAAGUAGGUGAAAUGAACUUUAGGAUUAUGCAAUGGCGACGAUUUUGUGGUGAAAGAUCCUCUGGGACCGCGUGAUUGUUGCUUUGGCGGUCCAUUGAAGACAGAAUGGGCCAGACGUCUGUCUCUACCUUGUCUCAAAAUGAGAGCGGUGUUGACGGACUGGAAAAAUGUUCUCUGGCCGACUGUGAUGUUGUGGUGGGCAGCACCCAGACUCGUCCACUGAAGCAGAAGGGGAAGAUCUCCACUAUAGGGAAGAUCUUCAAACCUUGGAAAUGGCGCAAGAAGAAAACCAGUGACAAGUUUCAGGACCUAUCCAUAGUUCUGGAGAGGAAAAUCUCCACAAGGCAAAGUCGAGAGGCACUGAUAAGACAAGGCGUCCUCAUUCCUGAUCAAGAGGAGCCAGUGAACUCGGAGACUCUAAAUGGCCACUCCACGCUUAGUGUGGGGUCAGAGGAGGUCAAAGUUGACAUAGAGUCUCCUGAAAUGCCUUCGGAGGAGAAGACCGAAGGGUCGGAGAAUGCUGAGGACAAAGCAGCCAAGUCCUCUCAUCCUAAGAAAGCUGGAGGCACAUCCAAGAGCACAGCCCAGUCCUCAUCCUCUUCAUCGUCCACACCGUGUACCACAAAGAUCUCCAAGGACAGGCCUGCCAACCCAACCGGGACAGAGAAGACCAACAAGCGCGUCCUCCAACUAGCAACUGACCCUUCCAGCUUCUCUGGAGCCCCAAAGGCAUCCCCAGACACAGACAACCUAUCAGGGGAGAGACGGCUCACGGGCCCUGGGGAUGGGAACGAGGGGGGUAAGAAGAAUCCCUCUUCUGGCCCAGAGGGCAGGCCUGCUGCUCAGGAAGACUCCUCUCUGCCUGGGGUGGAUAAAGACAAUGCCUCAGGAGCUGGCCCUCAGGACCCUGGGGAGAAAGCCCCCCUGGUCAACAACACCAAUGAGGACACUUCCUUCACUGAGUCUCAAAGCGAGAGCUCCACGGAGGAAGCCCUGGGGACUUGGGAAGAUGGAGGAGGUGACCAUGAGUCGGGGGACGCAGACCAUGACUUAGAGAAAAAUCUGAGGCCUACCAAUGGGAUUGGUGAGAAGCUCCACAGUGUUAACCUGGAGAGCCCAGAGGUUACAGUCAUCCCAGACAGCACUAUGGAGUCUGACUACCACUCCACAGUCAGCGACUCCGACUCAGAUGGGCCCAUCCUCUACCGAGACGACGAAGAGGAAGAGGAAGAGGAGGACGAGUAUACCACAAGCUCUCUAGCCAGUAAGAUCCGCCGCAGGGACACCCUGGCCAUCAGACUGGGCAACCGGCCCAGCAAGAGAGAGCUGGAGGAGAAGAACAUCCUGCCUCGUACCUCUGAGACCGAGAGGCAGGAACUCCGCCAGCAGAUUCACUCCAAGCUAGUGAGACGACUUAGUCAGAGGCCCAGUACUGAGGAACUGGAGCAGAGGAACAUUUUGAAACAGACAAAUGAAGCUGAUCAACAUGAAGCCAUACAAGAGAUUAAAAGGAGACUCUCCCGAAAGCUGAGUGUGAGGCCAACAGUAGCAGAGCUGGUGGCUCGGCGGAUUCUGCGCUUCAAUGAGUACGUGGAGUGCACAGAUGCUAAGGACUAUGACCGCCGCGCAGACAAACCCUGGACCAGGCUCACGCCAGCUGACAAAGCUGCUAUCCGUAAAGAACUGAAUGAGUUCAAAAGCAAAGAGAUGGAAGUUCAUGAAGAGAGCAAGCAAUUUACCAGAUUCCAUCGGCCCUGACGCGUUUCUCUCUCCAGUGGGGGUGCUGGACGGCUGCCGGCCCUUCCUAAGGGCUCUCUCUCCCCACUGCGGGCUUCACCAUCGGGCUUCUCCAUGGAGCCUGGAUUCCCCUAGGCACGGACACAUGGACACCGUCUCCCAGGGCCAACCUGUCUCCAGCUCUACAGAUCAAUAGAGGUCGAUUACAUUGGGCCACACCUGCUUACACAGACCAGACCAGACUGGGCUUUAGUACUGUGUGAAAAGAGACAGACAGAUAGAGAGAGGCCAGUAUCCAUGAAGGACCAAACUGUUGCACUUUGUAACACAGCGCUGAUUUAAUUACCCACAUACCUUUUGGCUUUCCUAAAGCAACUUAAUAGGCCUGGACCAAGUCCCCAUGGAGGGGAGGGGAAAUGGUUUCACAACUAUGGCGAUGUUGUAGGUUAGACAAGUCCAGCCAAAGGUAACAGUAAUCAAAUCAACGUUUAUUUGUCAUAUGCACGGAUACAACAUAAACGGUGCAGUGAAAUGCUUGCUUGCAAUCUUCCUCAACAGUGCAAUGAUAAAUAUAAUGAAAUCAGACACAUAGUCCUUAACUUAACAUAAUCAUGGAAGUGCAUGGGAAGGUGUUAAGAAAGAAUGGUCACUUUUACUGCCAUGUGGUCUUGAUGGUGGAAAUGAAGAUGAUUGGGUCUUGUUUUAAGGUGUGAUUGUUAAUGCUGAUCUCAAAGUGGCUGGGACUACAUGAAUUAUGCCUAGAGACUAAGGAAUAUGUAUCAUUACUGUAUUUGUCAUGUUUUAUGGAACACUUAUUGAGCAUAUAUUUUAUGGGGACAGAGCAGAAUGGAACCCUAUGUAGGCUAUUCUUCCUCUCUCUCUCCAAAUUUAGAGCAAGUUCAGACAGACUUGGUCUGCCCUUCUGAUUGGUUGAGCUGUUAAUAAUGGAUGGUCUGUGUAGCUUGAAAGGAUAUGGUAAAUGUUAGUAUUUUACGGUCCCAGAUGAAUCCAUUGAGCUUUUUUCCUGGUCAUAAAAUGUGAAGCAUUUCUUUGA